AUGAGUUUUUGUUCCAAUGAAAAACGGAAUAAUGACCGUACUGGACAACAAGACAACCUUGGACAACAAGGUAACUGUGAACAUUUAGACCGUACUGGACAACAAGACAACCUUGGACAACAAGGUAACUGUGAACAUUUAGACCGUACUGGACAACAAGACAACUGUGGACAACAAGGUAACUGUGAACAUUUAGAACGUACUGGACAACAAGACAACCUUGGACAACAAGGUAACUGGAACAACACAGAUAACUGUGAACAUUUAGAACGUACUGGACAACAAGACAACUGUGGACAACAAGGUAACUGUGAACAUUUAGACCGUACUGGACAACAAGACAACCUUGGACAACAAGAUAACUGUGAACAUUUAGAACGUACUGGACAACAAGACAACCUUGGACAACAAGAUAACUGUGAACAUUUAGAACGUACUGGACAACAAGACAACUGUGGACAACAAGGUAACUGUGAACAUUUAGAACGUACUGGACAACAAGACAACUGUGGACAACAAGGUAACUGUGAACAUUUAGAACGUACUGGACAACAAGACAACUGUGGACAACAAGAUAACUGUGAACAUUUAGAACGUACUGGACAACAAGACAACUGUGGACAACAAGGUAACUGUGAACAUUUAGAACGUACUGGACAACAAGACAACUGUGGACAACAAGGUAACUGUGAACAUUUAGAACGUACUGGACAACAAGACAACUGUGGACAACAAGGUAACUGUGAACAUUUAGAACGUACUGGACAACAAGACAACCUUGGACAACAAGAUAACCGUGGACAUUUAGACCGUACUGGACAACAAGACAACUGUGGACAACAAGCUAAGCGUGGACAUUUAGACCGUGGACAAAAAGACAACUUAGACAACGGUGGACAUUCAAAUCGUGUGCAACAAGUUGUAGGCAACUAG